AAGUGCGCGCCCAAGACCUUCUGGGUGAACGAGGGCAAGCACGCCAAGUUCCGCUGCUACGUGAUGGGCAAGCCGGAGCCCGAGAUCGAGUGGCACUGGGAGGGCCGCCCGCUGCUCCCCGACCGCCGCCGCCUCAUGUACCGCGACCGCGACGGCGGCUUCGUGCUCAAGGUGCUCUACUGCCAGGCCAAGGACCGCGGGCUCUACGUCUGCGCCGCGCGCAACUCGGCGGGCCAGACGCUCAGCGCCGUGCAGCUGCACGUCAAAGAGCCCCGCCUCCGGUUCACGAGGCCCCUGCAGGACGUGGAGGGCCGGGAGCAUGGGAUUGCUGUGCUGGAGUGUAAAGUACCCAACUCCCGCAUCCCCACGGCCUGGUUCCGGGAGGACCAGCGGCUGCUGCCUUGCCGCAAGUACGAACAGAUCGAAGAGGGCACCGUAAGGCGCCUCAUCAUCCACAGACUAAAGGCAGAUGACGACGGCGUCUACCUGUGCGAGAUGCGGGGCCGGGUGCGCACCGUAGCCAACGUGACGGUCAAAGGGCCCAUCCUGAAGCGGCUGCCCCGGAAGCUUGACGUCCUGGAGGGAGAGAAUGCGGUGCUGCUGGUGGAGACGCAAGAGGCUGGAGUCAAGGGGCGCUGGAGCCGCGAUGGGGAGGAGCUGCCAGCCACCUGCCAGAGCAGCUCUGGCCACAUGCAUGCCCUGGUCCUUCCAGGGGUCACCCGAGAAGACGCUGGCGAGGUUACCUUUAGCCUGGGCAACUCCCGCACCACCACUCUGCUCAGAGUCAAAUGCGUCAAGCACAGUCCCCCGGGGCCCCCCGUGUUGGCAGAGAUGUUCAAGGGCCACAAGAACACAGUCCUGCUGACCUGGAAGCCUCCCGAGCCAGCUCCUGAGACCCCAUUCAUCUACCGGCUGGAGCGGCAGGAAGUAGGCUCUGAAGACUGGAUCCAGUGCUUUAGCAUUGAGAAGGCUGGAGCUGUAGAGGUGCCGGGGGACUGUGUGCCCUCUGAGGGUGACUACCGCUUCCGUGUGUGCACGGUCAGCGAACAUGGCCGCAGUCCCCACGUUGUGUUCCAAGGCUCUGCUCACCUCGUGCCCACAGCUCGCCUGGUGGCAGGCCUGGAGGAUGUUCAGGUAUAUGAUGGGGAAGAUGCCGUGUUUUCCCUCGAUCUCUCCACCAUCAUCCAGGGCACCUGGUUUCUCAAUGGGGAGGAACUCAAGAGCAACAAGCCGGAGGGCCAAGUAGGACCUGGGGCCCUGCGGUACUAUAUGGAGCAGAAAGGCCUGCAGCACAGACUCAUCCUGCAAAGUGUCAAGCACCAGGACAGCGGGGCCCUGGUCGGCUUCAGCUGCCCUGGGGUGCAGGACUCAGCCGCCCUCACCAUCCAAGAGAGCCCGGUGCACAUCCUGAGUCCCCAGGCCAAGGUGUCACUGACCUUCACGACCUCAGAGCGGGUGGUGCUGACCUGUGAGCUCUCACGGGUGGACUUCCCGGCAACCUGGUACAAGGAUGGGCAGAAGGUAGAGGAAAACGAGUCGCUGGUGGUGAAAGUAGACGGACACAAACACCGUUUGAUACUGCCUGAGGCUGAAAUCCGGGACAGCGGCGAAUUUGAGUGCAGAACAGAAGGGGUCUCGGCCUUCUUCAGUGUCACCGUCCAAGAUCCCCCAGUGCACAUCGUGGACCCCCAGGAGCACGUGUUCGUGCAUGCCAUAACCUCUGAGUGUGUCAUGCUGACCUGUGAAGUGGACCGAGAGGCUGCCCCUGUGUGCUGGUACAAGGAUGGGCAGGAAGUAGAGGAGAGUGACUUCCUGGUGCUGGAGAAUGACGGGCAUCAUCGCCGCCUGGUGCUGCCUGCAGCCCAGCCCCCCGAUGGGGGCGAGUUUCAGUGCGUCGCCGGAGACGAGCGUGCUUACUUCACCGUCACCAUUACAGACGUCUCCUCGUGGAUCGUGUACCCCAGCGGCAAGGUGUACGUGGCAGCCGUGCGCCUGGAGCGCGUGGUGCUGACCUGCGAGCUGUGCCGGCCCUGGGCCGAGGUGCGCUGGACUAAGGAUGGUGAAGAGGUGGUGGAGAGCCCAGCGCUGCUCCUGCAGAAGGAGGACACUGUCCGCCGCCUGGUGCUGCCUGCCGUCCAGCUUGAGGACUCCGGCGAGUACUUGUGUGAAAUUGAUGAUGAAUCGGCCUCCUUCACGGUGACUGUCACAGAGCCCCCAGUGCGGAUCAUAUACCCCCGGGACGAAGUGACCUUGAUCGCUGUGACCUUGGAGUGUGUGGCGCUGAUGUGUGAGCUCUCUCGGGAGGAUGCCCCUGUACGCUGGUACAAGGAUGGGCUGGAGGUGGAGGAGAGCGAGGCUCUGGUGCUGGAGAGGGAGGGGCCUCGCUGCCGCUUAGUGCUACCCGCUGCCCAGCCUGAGGACGGGGGCGAGUUUGUGUGUGACGCCGGAGAUGACUCGGCCUUCUUCACCGUCACUGUCACAGAGCCCCCAGUGCAGUUCCUCGCCCCAGAGGCAGCCCCUGGCCCGCUCUGUGUGGCCCCCGAGGAGCCAGUGGUGCUGAGCUGUGAACUGUCCAGGGCUGGCGCCCCUGUGUUCUGGAGCCACAAUGGGAGGCCCGUGCAGGAGGGCGAGGGCCUGGAACUCCACGCCGAGGGCCCCCGCCGCGUCCUCCGCAUCCCGGCUGCGGGCCCAGCCCAUGCAGGCAUCUACACUUGCCAGUCUGGGACAGCCCCAGGUGGUCCGAGCCUCAGCUUCACCGUCCAGGUGGCUGAGCCGCCGCCGGUCAAACUGGUCUCAGAGCUGACACCACUCACUGUCCAUGAGGGCGAUGAUGCCACCUUCCGGUGUGAAGUCUCCCCACCAGAUGCUGAUGUCACCUGGCUGCGUAAUGGGGCCGUCGUCACUCCAGGGCCCCAGCUGGAGAUAACCCAGCAUGGGUCAAGCCGCAUCCUGACCUUGCGAGGCUGCCAGCUGGGGGACGCGGGGACCGUGACUGCACAGGCAGGGGGCGUGACCACAAGUGCCCGGCUCCACGUUCGAGAGACAGAGCUGCUGUUUCUGCGGCGACUGCAGGAUGUGCGGGCAGAGGAAGGACAGGACGUGUGCCUCGAGGUGGAGACAGGUCGUGUGGGUGCAGCAGGGGCCGUGCGCUGGAUGCGUGGUGGGGAGCCCCUGCCCCAUGACUCUCGCCUGUCUAUGGCCCAGGAUGGCCACAUCCACCGCCUCUUUAUCCAUGGUGUCAUACUGGCUGACCAGGGCACUUACGGCUGUGAGAGCCACCACGAUCGCACCCUGGCCAGGCUCAGCGUGAGGCGUGAGUGCCCCGUCCACUCCUAAUGCAUUGCCCCCCCCCACCGCACAGCCUUUCCCCCCUCAGGCCCCACCAAAGUGCCCCUCACCGCGAGGAAAGUCAGCCCUGGCCGUGGCAGUCCAGGGGCAGGACCUGCAGCAGCCUGCCCAAAGCAAAACUUUUCUUUUUCUAAUGUUUUCUACUUACCUUAGAUGCCCACGUGGAUUUUGCAUUCCAUUUCCUAUUCCCAAGUUGGCUUUGCUAUAAACAUAAACCUUACACUCCAGAAAGACUUGCUGCAUUUAUCCUCAGUCAUGUGCCCAUUUAAAAAGCAGGGAUGUCUGGCAAAUAGCACUCCACACCUCCCACGCCAGGCUGGAGCCCUCUGUUUCCUGUGUGACCCCAUGCAAAUUACCUCUCUGAGCCAAGUCUUCUUAUAAACGUAGCUAAUCCCUACCUCAAGGGUCUUUGGGAACAUUUACUGAGAUAACCUGAAAAAUGCCCACACAGAGCUUGGUGAAUGGAUGUCACUGGUGGUAUGUAUUCUCUUUCAGUGUAUUUCAUUCAUGUCAGUAUCACAAUAAACCACGUCUCAAUGUUA